AUGGCUUCAGUCGAUUUCGUACGUUUUACUCUUUCACAUGGAAACCCUCAAGCAGUCAUCUUGCCCGCAUGGCUGCAAUCUUUUAUUUCGUCACCCCCCUCUGAGGCAGUCAAAGUCACGAAUACUCCCAUCGCAAACGUUACCAGUGCAAAUCAUAUUCAAAUUGCUAUUGUCGGCAGUGGGCCACGCGGGAUCAGCACCCUUGAACGCCUCCUUGCGUCUGCACCGGAGUUACACACGUCAAACCUGACAGACGCACAGCUAACAGUCCAUGUCAUUGAUCCGUGGCCGCCAGGGCCGGGCCGUGUAUGGCGCACCGACCAACCGCCUAACCUGCUGAUGAAUACCCCAGCAUGCCAGGUGACUCUGUUCACUGAUGAGACGGUAACAUGCUCAGGGCCGAUACGACCGGGUCCAAACUUGUACGAAUGGUCUAGCCAGAAUAACAUGGAAAUAAAUCCUGACGACUAUCUAACACGGUCUCAGCACGGUUGCUAUCUAGCCUGGUUCUUUGGCAAAAUACUAGAGGGAGUCCCAACAAAUGUUAACGUCCAAGUGCACACCGCAAUUGCUCUUUCCCUCGACGAUGAGCCUUCUGGCCUUCAGACUCUUACCCUAUCUAACGGCCAGACAAUAUCCGGACUCUCUGCUAUAAUCCUAGCCCUAGGUCAUCUACCAUUGCUUCCAAGCCCUUCCGAGCAAAGCCUAGUCACGUACGCCGAGCAGCACGGCUUGCAUUACUUUAGGCCUUCUAGCCCAGCUGACGUUAAUCUUUCCCCAAUAAAUCCGGAUGAACAAGUUCUCUUACGCGGUCUCGGCCUCUGUUUCUUUGACUAUUUAUCAUUAUUAACAACGGGCCGUGGGGGUAAAUUCGAAACUACUGAAUACGGCCUACGGUACAUCCGCUCGGGCUACGAGCCCCUUCUAUACGCAGGCUCUCGACGAGGUAUUCCGUACCACGCCCGCGGAGAUAAACCGAAGGGCGUUUCCGGUCGCCGAAUUCCAGUCCAUCUUACAAGUGAUAUUGUUGCGCUCUUUCGUAAACGCGUUGACGCUAGUAACCCUCUGGACUUUAUGAACGAUAUAUGGCCGCUGAUCUCUAAGGAAGUUGAACUAGCCUACUACGAAUGCUUAGUGGGCCAGGAGAAUACCGAAUUUCACAAUCGGUUUCUUGCUGCACAACAAGAAAAGACUCAUACAGAUGCCCAAGCCUACAAAAUCAAGGCCCAAGUCCUUGACGAUUUUAACGUCCCUACCAACAAACGCUGGUCCUGGGAUCGCCUCUCACAGCCACAGGGUGGGCGCAAUUUCACGGCGUUUGAGUGGGAGUCCUGGCUGAUCGCAUAUCUGCGCUCAGAUGUCGAGGAGGCUAUACUCGGGAAUGUACACGGACCGUUAAAAGCGGCGUUGAAUGUGAUGCGAGAUCUGCGUAACGAUCUGCGAGAAAUUAUAGAUCAUAACGGAUUGUCGGGGCACUCACACCGCAACCACCUGGACAAGUGGUAUACACCCCUUAACGCCUUCCUCUCUAUAGGCCCGCCUCGACAGCGUAUUCAAGAGAUGAUCGCGCUAAUAGAGGCGGGAGUGUUAGUCGUCCUUGGCCCGGAACUAAGUGUUCGGGAGGAAGAUGGGGCGUGGCUUGCCCAAAGCCCUAAGGUGUUAGACCUGACAGUCCGCGUAACGACUCUUAUAGAAGCACGUCUACCUCGACCGAAUCUCAAGCACACGGCUGAUAAGCUCCUUACAAGUCUUCUGCAAAAGGGCCAAUGCCGACCCCACACCAUAGACGGCUAUGAAACAGGGGGACUAGAUGUCACACGGAGCCCGUACAAUUUAAUCGAUUCCCAGGGUCGAGCGCAUAAGCGACGGUUUGCUCUUGGGAUCCCAACGGAGGGUGUGCAUUGGAUCACCGCAGCUACAGCUAAACCAGACGCGAAUUCUGCCUUGCUUCGCAAAACCGAUGCUGUGGCGCGAGCUGCGUUAUGUUGUGGAAGGGCUGAUGUCGAAAACUGA